AUGCAGAGAAUGUGUCAAGUCGUUGGGUUGCCGUUGAGUAUUGACAUGUUUCUGCUAUUUGCAUUUUGCGGGAUAAAUUUGCCUCUUGAUGAACCUAGCUUAGAACAUUCUUGUGCUAAUGUGAGGACAAGCCAGUCAAGUCAAUGCAAGAGAGAAAAUUCUCCUUUGAGAGAUAAUUUGUCUACAUUCGAAACCGUGAGUGCUGCAAGCUUACAAGCACAAAAAACAAGCAAAUUCAAGGGAAGAAAUAGGACCAACAAUAAUAACAAGUUUGUUGGUGUUAGGCAACGGCCUUCUGGGAGUUGGGUGGCCGAGAUCAAAGGCACAACACAAAAGAUAAGGAUGUGGCUUGGCACUUUUGAGACUGCUGAAGAAGCUGCAAGAGCUUAUGAUGAAGCUGCCUGCCUUCUUCGCGGAUCCAAUACUCGUACCAACUUCAUCACUCAUGUCUCCUUGGAUUCUCCUCUUGCUUCCAGGAUUCGAAAUCUCCUCAACAACAAGAAGGCAAGAAAAAAACAACAAAGGGAAGAAGAAAGUCUUGAAGUCUCUACCCCAUCAAAUAGUGCCCUCAGUACUAGCACUAGUAUUAGUAGCAGCAGAAGCAACAGCAGCAGAAGUGAAACCAAUACUCUUUCUAGUGAGAUAAUUAAUGAUACCCAGUUUUUUGAUGAUGUGUACAAGCCAGACAUGAGCAACUGCAGAGAAGAAUUUGAAUUGGGAUCUUCUUCUUCUGAUCUUUCAUGGAGUUUUGGACCUGGAUUUGAUCGGUUUUCAUUUUCUCAGGAGGUGCUGGACUUCCAGGGGCAGAAACUGUUGCCUGAGACAAGUGACCUGGAGUUCACAGAAUUUGAUAGGAUGAAAGUGGAAAGACAAAUAUCAGCAUCUCUAUGUGCCAUGAAUGGGGUGCAGGAGUGUAUGGAAAGAGUCCAUGAUCCUAUUGAAGCUUUCUGGGAUCUCCCACCAAUAUUUUAAUUACUCUAGUCUCUGUUUCUUUUGUUUAAGAUUUGCUGCAAAGUUAGAAAGACAGAUACCAGUUUGAAAUCUUGUUGUCUAAAUUUGUUUCUCCAUGCUGUUUUGAAAAUGUUAACAGCACAAUUCACGGGAA